AUGAACCGAUUCCCAACCGCGCCUAUUUGUCGGUACAGUCGUAUCAAAUACACCCAAAAAGCCCUAAAGCAACCAUGCCGCUCACUCUCAAGAGCAUCAACGCUCUACUACAAUGCCACUCUUGCCAGCAGAACCUCAUAUCAGACCAACUGGAACAACCACGAUGAAUUCUUCAAAUUUACACGAGGCCGCUUCCUCAUCAACGAAGCCGAGAUCCUCCGCAUGCGCGAGAUCCAAUUUGACAUGAACAGCCUCGCCCAAAUCGCAGCAGAAUCAGUCGGGGCCACUCACUGCACCUCCAUACAGAAGUAUCCCGACGGCAUGUUCAACAAGACCUUUCUCAUGUCGAUGGAUAAUGGCCACGAAGUCGUAGCCAAGGUUCCUAAUAUGAAUGCUGGUAUUCCGCAUCUAACGACAGCUAGCGAGUUUGCUACCAUGGACUUUGCCAGAAACGUGCUUGAAACACCAGCGCCUCGCGUCUAUACAUGGAACUCGCAUGCACAAUCACACCCAGUCGGGGCUGAGUUCAUCAUCAUGGAGAAAGCUGCCGGCGUUCCUCUUUCUCAUGUCUGGGAGACACUGAAACUACCUCAGAAGCUACAAGUGCUUCUUGCCAUGAUACGUCUACAGAAGAAAUGGCUGAGCGUGUCAUUCUCGCAUUAUGGCAGCUUAUACUACGCAAAAGACAUCCAAGCAUCACCACCAGAAGACACCCACUACAUCAAGAACGGCAAAGCCAUCAAGGAUCCACAAUUCGCCAUCGGCCCUACCACAGGCCGCGAUUGGUGCGAUGCGAGCCGCUCACUUUUGGGUAUAGAUAGAGGACCAUUUAUGCAAGCAGUUGGGACACGAGAAACAAAAGCAAUCCAAUCCCUGCACCCAUCUAAACAACUGGCCCUAUUCUGCGGCCCAAAGCUCUACCAACCAUGCCCCCAAUCCAAACUCAUAGCUCUAUCCCACUACCUCGAAAUCCUCGAAUCUCUCAUCCCAAAAGACACAGCCCUCAUCACCCCGCACCUCUGGCACAACGACCUCCACAACGACAACAUCUUCAUCGACCCGCAGAACCCCGAAUCCAUCACUUCCAUAAUCGACUGGCAAUCAACCCAUAUCUCCCCGCUCUUCACCCACACUCCCGAUCCGGCCUUUCUCGACUGGGGGGAUGGCCUCGAACCCGAGACGCUCGACCUACUACCUAGACCGAAUCUCUCCGGUCUCACUCCCCAGGAAAUAGCCGCAGCAGUGCGCGAAUACACCACCCAGAACUUAUUCAUCGGAUGGCGCAAGCUCACGCGCGCCAAGAACCCAGCUCUACAUCAAGCUAUCGAGUUCAGAAAGACGCCCGCGUACGGGUUGAUAUUCCUUGCUCAUCGGAUGUUCGAGUAUGGCGAGGCGCAUUUCAUGUCGCUGCUUGUUGAUAUGAAGGAUCAUUGA